GCGGCGGACAGCGGCGAUCUUUUCCGAAAGCAGACGGCCGUUAACCGGCAGAUCAGGUCAGUCCGACCGGACAGAUACACAAGAUGGAGCCGCGAAGACUGCACUGAUUCCCGGUUAGAGAUCCAGAGGUCGACAUCCGCGCAGAGAGACCGAAAACAGCGUUUAAUGAACGGUCAGGUGGAGUGUGCAGACAGCAGGAUGUCAGAGCAGCCAGACCCCGAGGACUCUGCUGCGUUGGAGGAGUCGGAGAGAGACAUCUACAUGCGCUUCAUGAAGUGUCACAAAUGUUACGACAUCAUCCCCACCAGCUCCAAACUAGUGGUGUUUGAUACCACACUGCAGGUGAAGAAAGCGUUCUUUGCUCUGGUGGCCAACGGAGUGAGAGCUGCUCCUCUCUGGGAGAGCAAGACACAGAUCUUCGUAGGAAUGUUGACGAUCACAGACUUCAUCAACAUCCUGACCAGAUACUAUAAAUCCCCCAUGGUUCAGAUCUACGAGCUGGAGGAGCACAAGAUUGAGACGUGGAGAGAGCUGUACCUGCAGGAGACCUUCAAACCUCUGGUCCACAUCUCACCUGAUGCCAGUAUAUUUGAGGCGGUGCACUCUCUGAUAAAGAAUAAGAUCCACCGGCUGCCUGUCAUCGACCCGGUCAGGAACGCUCUCUACAUCCUGACUCACAAGAGGAUCCUCAAGUUCCUGCAGCUCUUCGUGUGUGAGAUGCCGAUGCCAGCCUUCAUGAAGCAGUCUCUGGAGGAUCUGUCCGUGGGGACGUACGCCAACAUCGCCUACAUCCACCCCGACACGCCGCUCAUCACCGCGCUGUCCGUCUUCACGCACCGCCGCGUCUCCGCCCUGCCCGUCGUCGACCACAACGGUAGAGUGGUGGACAUCUACUCCAAGUUUGACGUCAUCAACCUGGCGGCGGAGAAGACGUACAACAACCUGGACGUGACGGUGACCCAGGCGCUCCGACACCGCUCGCAGUACUUCGAAGGCGUCAUGAAGUGCAACAAACUGGAGACUCUGGAGACCAUCGUGGUCCGCAUAGUCAAGGCCGAGGUUCACAGGCUGGUUGUUGUUGAUGAAGAGUCUCGUAUCGUCGGCAUCGUCUCUCUGUCUGACAUCCUGCAGGCGCUGGUCCUGACCCCCGCAGGUCUGGGCAGGAAGGAGUCUCUCCCCUCUCAACCGACAGCUUUGCAUUCAACAGAACCAGAGACAGAAAGUAAACCUGAACCAGAUCCAAACCAAAACCAGGACCAGGAGUUGGGUGAAGAAACAGAAAGAGAGACUGAUGCUGCUGAGACCUGCCAGCAGGAGGAGACAGAGGGGGAGACAGAGGAAGGAGAGACAGUGGGGGAGGAAGAGAAGGUGGAAGGUGCAGAGGAGGGGACAGAGAUGGAGGGAGACAGUGAGGUGAGACAGGCAGAGAGUGAAGACACACCAGAAACAGAGGGGGAGACAGGGGGAGUGGAUAUACUCAGGGGAGCCGAGGGGGAGACACUGGGACUGGAGAGCAGAGGAGGCGAGGAGAGGCUGGAGCAGGGUGCCGGGGGAGUGGGUCCAGCUGACUGGAGAGAAUGGUCGGAGAUGGAGAUGCUAACUGAGGAAAGAGACAGAGGAGAAAUCUGA